GAUUCAGCUGCUCGUUGCCUUAAAUCCCUUCAUUCCACCUGAGCACCAUGUAAGCGGACCGACAGGAAACGAUCAGAGAGUCAGCCUGCACCGGGUCCCGUCGGGUCCAGAACCAGUGGGGUGCGAGUCCGUAACCUGUGGCUGUGGCGUCACCGUGCUGUGGGAGAAUGGAGAGCGACUGCCGGAUCCCGCUGGCUUGUUGUCGGCCUCGCGCUCUCCUCCUCCACGCUCUGUUCUGGGUCCUCGUCUCGCUCGGAGUGUACGGAGCAUCUCUGCGAAAUGAAGAGAAAACUACAGCAGCUUUGAAGCCUGCUGUCACUCCCUGCUGGCUCACAGAGGAGUUCGUGGUGUCRGAGCCGUGCGUCCGCUGCAAUGACUUCAUCUCUAAGACGCAGUUGGCCUGCAGACAGACGGGAUACAUCGAGAGAGUCAGCUGCACCAAGUCCAACAAGGAAGAGUACAAAAGCUGCCGCUCAGCUCUGAUGGAGGAGCAUCUCUUCUGGAAGUUCGAGGCGGCCAUGUUGGCUCUGACGGCUCUCUUCGCCGUCCUGGUGGUGAUCCGUCAGCGCCAGCUGGACCGGCUCGCCUCGGAGAAGGUCCGCCGGCAGAUUGAAUCCAUCUAGAACGAGGACCUCGCCUGUUUUUUUUUAUCCUGCAGCGGUAUUUUAAACAGCAGGUGGAGCUGAAAUGGUUCAGCCUCAGAGUUUGGACUGAGAUCAAAAAAAACCUGCGAAGAACUGGACUCGUGGAUGUUUUCAACACUUAUUUAAUACAAGACGUUUCGUCUUCACCCCCAAUUUUAUUUCCUGUUAAAAAUCCAAAACAAACUAAAACCAGAAAAGUUCUUACCACUAAUUGCAACAAACUGUAAAAUAUAUAUUUUAGUGCUAAAAGUUUAAAUAUAAACUGAGGAAAGUUGAAAUGGCAAGAAACAAAUGGACCUGAACGGACUGAAAAGUGAAAUGAAAAACUUUUGUUGACGUCACACCGACCAGGAGUGUGUUGUUGUUCAGCAGCUUGAAAGCAGCGUUAGGAUUUCAGAAACAGGACUUACAGAAGGCAGCGAUGCAGGUUUCUGUUAAAAACUUCAUUUUUUMCCCAACAUUCAUCUUUAUAUCCAGUCUGUGGUUUAAAAUAUAUCACCGAUGGGUUUUGUUUUUAUGGUUUAAGUCUCCUUUUCUGAAAAAAAAAAAAAACAAUUCAACUAAAACCUUCUGAUUGGUUCAAUCCCUUCUCGCUGCUCUCUGAUUGGCUGCUGCGUCAAACUGAACACAAACCGYUCCAGUAUCUGAACGUUGGCUCGUCCAGCAGCGAGGUCAUCGUGUUUCUGUGUCGGAGCUUCAGGCUCGUUCAGCUGAUGUUUCAUCUUGUGUAAAAUAUGUCCAGUUGUGUUUAAACAAAGCAGCAGAGUUCAGAUGAUUUUACUGUAAAUAAGUUUUUUUUUUUUCUCUGUGAAGUUUCUGACAAAAUAAACAAGAGAAACCAGCA